AUGAAUUGGUUCCGCGCCAAUGCGCCGAGCGACGGCGCCAACCCCGAUCAGGAACAGGCCGACGGUAGCGCCGCCUUGACGCCGGACGAGAUCCGUCGCCGCCGCCUCGCCAAGCUCGAAGCGUCGCACGCUGCCGAAAAGGCCCGCCGCAAGGAGCUGGAAGAGCGCCGCGCCAAAUGGGAAGCCGAGAAGGCCGCCCGUGAGGCCGCCGCGCCCAAGCCGCCAUCCCCGCCGCCAGUCCCGACGCCGCGCGAACCAGAACCGAUCGAGGAGCCAGUGCCCAAACGCCCCGCGGCACCGCUGCAAACACUGGAAGCAGCCGUGUCUAAGGUCGUCGCGAAGAGCCUUCGUAUCGCCAUCACGCCGCUGCAGGCCGUUGGAGGCUGCGAGUAUCUCCCGGAUCUCGUCGAUGGGCUCAGACAGGAAGCGGGAGUGAAGGAAGGGGAGACGUUGCUGCUUGAGGUCGAUCUGCAUGCGGAUGAUAUCUUGAUUGAUCGUAUUAACGGCUCGAAGGAUCCGCUGGGCUAUCUCUUUGACUGCUUUGUAAGGUGUGGGCAGCAAGUGUCUGAGAUUAACUCCAACCGCCGCAUUAUGGGUGAGGAGCAUGCGGAUAGACGCAUGACGUUGCAACAGACUGUCGCCGAAGUUCAGAGACGCAUUAUGACGUACUCGGGAAUGCUUUUGAACGGGUCGUUCAUGGAAACUGACAACGUUAAACCAGAAGCGUUUGCUGAAUGCAUACUGCAACAGAAAGUCCCGACUGGAUUUAUUCGGUCGCUGCUCAGUUUUCACGCUGAGCAGGACGGACCUGGUUUGGAUGACAUUCUUCCAGUCUUCACGCGAGUCUUUCGCGCGGUUCGCCAUGAAGCCCUCACAAACAUGAAGCUCUCGUCGAGCUCUUUCCUUAAGCCACUCAACGCCCUGGUCGGGCUCCUUAAGCAUAAGGAACUGUGCGUACUCGUCACCUCGGAUACGAGUUUUGUGCCAAAAGGAACCGACGCGAGGCCCUUAAACGUCACCAUGUUCAAUACCCUAUCCUUUCUCGCGCCUUUCUUUGCGAUAUCUGCCCUGCCCGGUCUCCCGCUGCAUGCGCCAUCUCGCAUUGAAGACCCGCAAAUAGCCAACACGAUGUUCGCAAAUCCGACAAUGCUUGACCGCGUUUCUGCCGAAGGAAUAAUUUACUCUCUUCGAUCCUCGCUUUCGGUCGCGCGGGCUCGCCUGCAUCAAAUAUGCCUCAUGUUGUGCAAAGCCGGCGCACAACCUCGAAAUGCAGUCCUCAGUUGGUUUGCAACAAUUCUGAAUCUGAACCAAAAGCGUACCGCCAUGCAGGUCGACUAUGCAGAAGUUUCUGGAGAUGGAUUCAUGCUCAACGUCAUGCAUGUGCUUCUCCAGUUUUGUGAACCGAUCGUGAAUGGGGGUUGGAAAAUGCUGCAGAAGAUUGAUCCUACCUUUCCGCAGUCGUCUCAUCGGCUUGACUACGAAGACGCAACCAGGCUCGCAGCGGAUUCAGACAUGCUGAAGAGGUGGUGGGUUGAUCAAAGGAACGAAAACGCGCAAGAGUCUCUCACCAGACACCUCGAGGCUGCUGCAAGAGAAUCUGGCGCUACAGCUUCAGCCUCCAGCUCACAAGCUGCUAGUGGGUCAGAAGAUGCACAGGUGGCUCCACAACAAGUUGCCAAGGAAUUCGGUUUUGUGACGGAAUGCUUCUGGCUCGCACUUAGCUCAAUCCACCUCGGAUUCAUUGCAGUAGAAAAUAUGUAUGAAGAAUCAAUUUUGCGAACGCUGCGUCAACUCAAGGACGUGAUAGAUGAGAUGGAAGCAGCCAAAAGUGUUCACAGACUGCCACCGAGGGGAUUGAUGCAACUAGUUGCGUUCAAACAGCGGAGAGAUAGCCUUGCGUCUGCAAAGCUGUGCUACGAUGUGUACGUACAAGAUCCCGAGACUCUAACGACACUGGUGCGGUUUGCAGCUGCAGAUGCCGAAUGGUUGAUGAAGAAGUUGCUUCAAGAACCAGCACGGGAAUCAUUACUGCCUCUACCAGUUCCUCCACAUCCAACGUUUGCGUCAUUACCUGAACACACAGUGGAGGCGAUCACGACAACUCUUCUGUGUACGAUGCGAUUUAGACCUGAGAUAGUAGAUGAUAAUAGUGCGCUUUUGGAAGACAUUGUGAGCUUUUGCAUCGCCGGGUCAGCAUCACCGCUGCACUUAAAAAACCCUUAUCUACGAGCAAAGCUGAUAGAAUUCUUGUGGAUGAUAUUCCCGAGAGGGAUGGGUGGGGUGCAAGAUGACGAGGACGAAGAGUAUCGUGGACCCCGGAACCCAGGGAUGGAGGCACUGUUUUCCGGGCAUUCACUUUCGCGAAGAUUUCUACCCGGAGCGCUGUUUCGUCUGUAUGUAGAUGUGGAGCAUACAGGAUCGCACACGCAGUUUUACGACAAGUUUUCCAUCCGGUACCGAAUUGGAUCGAUUGUUGAAUCGCUUUGGUACAUGGCAGACUAUCGAAAGUCUGUGAGAGUGGAGGCACAAGAUGAGGGGCGUUUUCUCCGUUUUGUGAACAUGGUUUUAAACGAUGCCAACCACCUGUUGGACUCGGUGUUGGACGAUUUGGAGGAGAUGAAUACGCUUGAAGGGGUGAUUAAAGGGGGAUCUGCAGAAUGGGAGGGGCUGACAGACGAGGAGAAAGAGGAAAAGCGGGAGCGAUUAAAGAAACUGGAGGGGUCGGCCAAAACGUACAACCAGUUGGCCAACAACAACGUGAAGCUGUUAUGGCUACUGACGGAUGAUGCGGUUGUGCGACGAAUUUUCUUACGCGAUGAGAUGGUGAGUCGGUUGACAGAAAUGCUGAACUACCUGCUGGUGCGGUUGUGUGAAAAGAGAUGCCGAGACCUCAAGGUGUCUGAACCGGAAAAAGUGUCGUGGAAACCGCGACUGCUCCUAACACGAAUUAUUCAAACAUACGUGCACUUUGGCGAGGACGAGACAUUUGCAAAGGCUGUGGGACUGGAUGGGCGUUCGUAUAAGAAGGAGCUGUUGCCGCGAGCUAUCGGGAUUGCGACGCGACGACGGUUGGUGAGUGCGCAGGAAAUACAGGUAUUAAGAGAAAUCGCGGAACGGGCGGAGAAGGCAGUGAAAGAGGACGAGGAAGAGGAAGGGGCGCUGGGGGAGAUCCCAGACGAGUUCCUAGACCCGAUCAUGAGCAGCGUGAUGAGAAACCCUGUUCGGCUACCGACAUCGGGGAAUAUCAUGGACCGUGCGGUAAUCUGUCGAAUUCUGCUAAGUGACAAGGUGGACCCGUUCAAUCGGAAGUUGUUGACUGAGGACAUGUUGGUGGAGGAGGUGGAGCUGAAGGAGCGGAUAGAAACGUUCAUUAAGUCGCGGCGUGGUGGGGGGAGGCCGUGAGGACGUUGUUGGCGAUGAUGGAGAGCCGCCGCCAUGUGGUAGCGGCGGGGCGGUUAUCGACCAAAUCUAUUUUAAACCAAAAAUCUUAC